ACUUUAGUUUAAAGGAUUACAUUUCAUUUUAAGUUCCUUUCGAGCCUCCGGAACUUCAAUUACUAAGCAUUCAUGGAGGAGUUUUGUACAUGAUUUACCUCAAGCUUUAGGUUGGACAAAUUCGAUUGUUUCAGUCGCUUCUUCAUCCAUAAAAAAACACACAGGAGAUCUGGAAUCGAGUUGAGCUUUAUCAAUAUGGCGGCUGGUGCGAGCGCAAUUACACGAUCUCAAGAAUACAUAAGCUUUCGCAGUUCUGUCCCUUUGAAACGGAUUGUUGUCGAUAAUGAUGAUGAAAAAGAGUGGUUGAUAUAUGAUGCAGGUCCUCGUAGUGUACAGUGCCCCCUUGUUUGUUUACCCCCUGCUAGUGGUACUGCUGAUGUGUUUUUCAAACAAAUUCUUACCCUCUCAAGUCUUGGUUACAGGGUGAUAUCUGUAGAGUAUCCUGUGUAUUGGACAUAUGGUGAGUGGACUGAAGGCUUCAGACGACUUUUGGAUUACCUGAAACUAGAUGAGGUCCAUAUAUUUGGGGCAUCUCUUGGAGGUUUCCUUGCACAGAAGUUCGCAGAAAUGACACACAAAAGCCCAAGAGUACAUUCACUGAUUCUGUGCAAUGCUUUUGCUGAUACUUCUGUUUUUCAGCAGACUUCAACUGCUUCUAGCUUUUGGGUAAUGCCUGCCUUUGUCUUGAAGAAAAUGAUCAUGAACAAUUUCACAACACAAGAAGUUGAUGAGGACAUAGCUGAUUCAAUAGACUUUAUGGUGGAGAGGGUUUUUGAUGACUGUGCCCUCUCACAGCCAGUAAAGGAAGAACUUUACAAGUGUUAUCCAGAUGCCAAGAGAGCUCAUUUAAAGAAGGGUGGCAACUUUCCAUAUCUUUGCCGGAGUGCUGAUGUUAAUCUCUACCUACAGAUUCAUCUUCGGCAAUUCAUGGGAAAACGAUUCAGUGCCAUGGAUCCCAAAUGUAUGACGGAAGAGGACAUGGUAUCAUGCGGUCUGUUGCCAUCGGCAGAGCCACCUUCUGUGGUGUCCUCUGAUGAGGAGGACGAGUAGUAAAUAAAUAGUUAUAUUAUAAUAAG